AUGGUUUGGGUUGUUUCACUUCUUGCUGAGGACUUGCUUAUGAUACGAUCAACUGUUGGAUUUACGUGGUAUGACAAGCUAUCUAAAUGGUUUCGUUACCCAUUGAACAUCAUCAAAGGAGCUGCAUUUUGCUUCUACGUCCUCGGCCUAUCUCUUCGUUACGUUCCCAACGACGACGACAACUUCUAUUCGAGUACUCUUCGAUGGGCCAGAAUGAUGUUCAGCAUCGACGUCUGUUUGUUCUUUCUGAGAGGAUUAGACUUUUUCUUAGUCCACAAGGAAUUGGGACCAAAGUUGUCCAUGAUAUACAAAAUGAUUGGUGAUGUGAUUGUGUUCAUUGCCAUUCUUCUCGUCUGGAUUCUCAGUUAUGGUAUAGCAGUACAAGCCCUUCUCUUUCCGUUUCAAGACGCGUCGUGGGAAAUGCUGAAAAAUGUCAUCUACAUACCUUUCUGGCAGCUGCACGGAGAGUUAUUUCUCGAUUACGUUGAAGGUAAAGAAAAUAAUAACUGCAUUAUCUCCCAUCAUGUGUCAGUGAAUGGAACUCUGAGUGAUCAUACAAUAUGUCCUCGAAGAGAAUGGCUUGUACUCGUGCUACUAGCUGUGUACGUGAGUGUCACCGUCAUCAUUCUACUCAAUCUGCUCAUUGCAAUUUUCAAUGAUACUUACAGUACAAUACAAAACGAAGCUCAUCUGCUUUGGAAGUAUCAACGUUACAGAGUCGUUGUCGACUAUAUUCAUAAAUCGCCGUUUCCGCAUCCGUUCGCUUGGCUAACCGUACUUCAUCUCAUGGUUACUGCCAAACAGUCAAAGAAGGAAGACUCAGCUCUUUACAAGAUGAGAAAUGAGCUAUCAAGUGACCAACUGGAUUCGAUGGUGACUCUAGAAGCUCAGUCUCUGGAGAGAGUCAUCAAGGCCAACAAAGAAAUUGAGCUGGACUGAAAAAAUAGAAAAUAUUUAGUUGCAUGUCUAGAGUCGAGUCGUUGCUCUACUGCCUAGAUAUUUAGAAACGUUAAUCAGAUCUAUCUAUACCCCAAGACAAUGAUUUUUUCUUUAAUUCUGCUAAAUUGUGUGUUGCUUGUCAAGCUUUCCGGCAUCUCUGUAAUGACAAUUAUG